GUUGAUCCCAGCAUCCAGCAUCCAACAGAGCAACCACCAAAAGCAACGGCGAAGUUGAAGGGAAACGAGCGGAGAAGAAGAAGCAUAUCAGAUCAGCUCAUCUCUCAUAAAUUCAAAAGUCGAAAGACCACAACUCAACUAUACAGGUACCCACACUCACUAUCUUAGCUAGUAGUAACCAAAAGAUCUCAAGAUGGCCAUCAUUACUUUCUGCGACCAACAAGUUUGCACCUCCUCUGCUGCCCCCAGCAACGACAAAUCUACCCGUUGCCAUUGCAAGCGAGUUUCCUUCCAAGAAGAAGAAGAGGUCGUGUACUUUCAGCCAGUCAACCACUUGUAUGCCGAAGAACUCUUCUAUCAAUCUCAAGAUUACUCUCGAUUCCGAGCUGACUACCAGCUUGACCGAGCACGAAAGCAACGCAUGGCGCGCAUCGAAAAACUCAACCGCAUGACGCAACAAGCUCGCCAAGAAUUGCUCAUGAAGUCGGCAAGCAUUGACAACAUUAAGCUGGCAGCUCAAGUCUCCUCCUCUGACCGACGAAAGCCUCACUUCCGCCCUUCCGUCCCAGCCCAACGAGGUUGUGCUCUCAUGGCUUAACUGAAAAGCUGAAAAGCCGAAAAGCCAAACAUGUUUCUACCCUACCCUACUAUACAAAUAUAUACGCGUACCUCCAAUCAAUCCAAACGCGCCCUGAAAAUACCGACAAUACAAAUAACUGUCACCAGCUAUUGGCAGCAGACCAAUGUUCAUACUAUUCCAUAAUUUGAUUAUAAAAGCAACUUCAUAUACUACAGU